AAUCAAUAUCGUCCUUUUAUCAAGACUUUGGGGAAACGCUGAUGUCACAAGACAAAAUGGCUGCUGACCCCAAAAAUAAAUAUAGCAAAUUUGUGUGGAAAAAGCUAAAAAGGUAGACAAGAUAAGACUACAAAAAGUUGGUGUAGAUAUUUGGGGACAGAUGAAAAUAAAAACUAAAGAACACAUUAACAAGAGGGACUUGAGGGAUACAGCUGAAGAGAACCAGAACCAAGAACAAGCGAAAGAAAACAGAAGCAAAUUAGAUAACAGGACCAGCUGCUUACAGGCAACCUGUGUAUUGUGUAGAAGAGAUUUAUGUGGGUCUCAACAGGACAUGAGUGGGCUGGCUACAGGGGAGGCUCGGGAUUCUGUACAACUCGAGCCUUUCAUGCACCAGGUUGGAGGCCACUCUAGCAUGCUACUUUACAAUGAUACAACAGUCUGUAAGCCGUACAUACCCAGGGAACAUCACCUUUAUCAGACCCUGCCCUCAGCCAUGGGACACUUCAUUCCUGAAUAUAGAGGUUUAAUAGAGGUUUCAUCCCAUGAAGAUCAAGAUGGCUAUAUCACCCUUGUGGGCCACCCAAUUGAGCUACCAAGGAAAGGCAAACACUAUGAAGAUGGGGGCUGUUCCCCUGGAUCCAGUGGGGAGGGGGAGGCUAGGUCAGAUUCUGACAGUGAAAUAAGCCCAAUAAGGCAGACUUCUAGAAGCAGGGUUCGUGUAAGGCAGAGUGGAAGUAUUGAAGUAGAGGCCAGAAGCAGAGACAUUGCCAAUGGAACACAUAAUCCUUGGAGCUUACAAUGCCACAAGGAACAACUAGCCAAGAUGCGCAAAGCUAAACAGGGUUCUGGUCAACAUAAAUUCAUUUUGUUGGAAAAUGUUGUAUCGCAGUUUACAUAUCCAUGUAUACUGGACCUGAAGAUGGGAACAAGGCAACAUGGGGAUGACGCCAGUGAAGAGAAAAAGCGCAGUCAGAUUCUGAAGUGUGAAGCGAGUACCUCAUGUGCCAUUGGGGUGCGCAUAUGUGGCAUGCAGAUUUACCAGUGCAAUUCAGACACUUAUCUUCGACGCAACAAGUACCAUGGUCGCAAACUAACUGUUGAUGGAUUCAAAGAGACACUACGUCAGUUUCUCUACAGUGGGAACACCUUCCUUUCUGAAUUGGUUGAACCAAUCAUCCGUCAGCUCCGGAGAAUGCUAGAAAUUCUAAAGGAACAGCAUACAUUCCGCUUCUACUCCAGUUCCCUGCUUAUUAUAUACGAUGCUAAAGACAUUGUGAAAUUCAGGGAAAAAGUCUCAAAUGACAGUGAACAUGAAAGUGCAAAGACUGGUAAAGGUUCUAGACCAGCAAGUGCUGAAGAUGUGGACAUGCUGAGUGUUGAAUCUAUAGAGAUAGAUCAGCACUCGGAGUCACCUGGGACCUCUACAGGGAGUAGCAAUAGUUUAAAUAUAGGUGCUUCUACACACUCUAAUAGAGAGCCACAUGUUGAUAUACGUAUGAUCGACUUUGCACACACUACACAUCAAGGUUUACGGGACAAGAAGCUACAUGAUGGACCAGAUCUUGGUUACAUGUUUGGCCUUGAGAAUCUCAUUCGCAUGUUCACAGAGAUACGGGACAACCAUAAGCCGUAGACUGGGCCUUUACUAACUUUAUACAUAAAUCAAUGUAUGAUAUUUUUAUUUAUUUAGUGGAUCAAUAUAUAGAAAUGCAUCCUUCUUAAUGUACACAGCGGGCUAUCAUUUUCAAUUCUUUGGGACAUCCUUAGUUAUACAGUCCAGAAAUGGGAAAUGAAUAAUUUCCUUGAUUCUGAAAGUGACUAUUGCAAGCUGUACCGCACAAAAUAUGAUAUCAAAAUGUGGGGAAAUGAGGAUUUUGGUAGUCACAUAAUUUAUUUACCAUAAUUAUACUAUAACAUAUUUUUAUUGCUGUAUUAUUUCAAGUAAUGUAACACACUUAGAUUAAUGUAGAUUCAAUGAAUAUUGUAUAAAUAUUUUAUUCUAUCUUGGUGAAUACCUGUGCAUCUCUGUCACAAUAUUCGACGAAGAUGAAGGUUAGUUAUUCAAUGAUUCACGUAAAAAAAAAAAAAUUAUACAAGAGAAAAUCUGUAUUUCUAGAGGUACUAGCUGAGUGAAAAAACUUCUCAUACAGGCACAAUGUUUGGUCUUCUUUACUAAUACAUGUAAAUUGUGUAUCCUAAAAUACAGGCUAGAUUAACAUCACAUGGGCCAAUCAGAACACUAGAGAUUCUUCUCUUACUCAAUAAUGGUUUAUUUAUGUGUAUUAAAUGAGGAGUUCUAAUUUUCAUGAUUUUUUUUCUAAUUUAAAUUGAACUAUUUGUGCCUCAAGACUGUACUUUACCGCAACCUUGUGUUGGUAAGGUGAAGAAUGUCGGGUUGGUGGUACACUCUACACAAUUUUGAAGCAAAUCUGAAAGAUAACUUUAGCAUAAGAUACAGUGGAAUAGAAAGGUUAAUCCUUAAUGCAAUUAAAUACCAAUGUACAAUUGUUAAAGGAUCCUAGACCCAAGUUUUCACAUAUAUUUACUGUUAAUACUGUUAUAUGUAAAAAGAGUAGAUGUUUUGCCAAAGAAUUAGAGAAUGGUAAUGGAAUGGUUCUUUGAUUGAGAUGUCGAAAUAAGGGGCCAAGAAGUUAUGAUCUUUGAUUCUUGUUUUUAUUACUUUAUAUUUAUCUGUAGAUAUUGUACAGAAGUCUACAAUAC